CUUCUCCUUGUAUUCUCCUCGAAGCUUCUCUUGGCUUCUCCUCGAAGCUUCUCCUUGUAUUCUCCUCGAAGCUUCUCCUUGUAUUCUCCUCGAAGCUUCUCCUUGCAUUCUCCUCGAAGCUUCUCUUGGCUUCUCCUCGAAGCUUCUCCUUGUAUUCUCCUCGAAGCUUCUCUUGGCUUCUCCUCGAAGCUUCUCCUUGUAUUCUCCUCGAAGCUUCUCCUUGUAUUCUCCUCGAAGCUUCUCCUUGCAUUCUCCUCGAAGCUUCUCUUGGCUUCUCCUCGAAGCUUCUCCUUGUAUUCUCCUCGAAGCUUCUCUUGGCUUCUCCUCGAAGCUUCUCCUUGUAUUCUCCUCGAAGCUUCUCCUUGUAUUCUCCUCGAAGCUUCUCCUUGCAUUCUCCUCGAAGCUUCUCUUGGCUUCUCCUCGAAGCUUCUCCUUGUAUUCUCCUCGAAGCUUCUCUUGGCUUCUCCUCGAAGCUUCUCCUUGUAUUCUCCUCGAAGCUUCUCCUUGUAUUCUCCUCGAAGCUUCUCCUUGCAUUCUCCUCGAAGCUUCUCUUGGCUUCUCCUCGAAGCUUCUCCUUGUAUUCUCCUCGAAGCUUCUCUUGGCUUCUCCUCGAAGCUUCUCCUUGUAUUCUCCUCGAAGCUUCUCCUUGUAUUCUCCUCGAAGCUUCUCCUUGCAUUCUCCUCGAAGCUUCUCUUGGCUUCUCCUCGAAGCUUCUCCUUGUAUUCUCCUCGAAGCUUCUCUUGGCUUCUCCUCGAAGCUUCUCCUUGUAUUCUCCUCGAAGCUUCUCUUGGCUUCUCCUUCUAUUCAGUUUCAGGUAG